GCUGUCGUAUCAGGCGUGAGGCGGGUCGCCAUGACAGGAACAAUCGGCGGCUGUUGUCGAUGACGUCAGGCAGCGGGCCUUUCGAAAAGGCGGCGGAAAGCCGAAGUGAGGAGAGGCCGCUGUAGCCGUCGGGAUGGAGCUGUUGGGAGGAGCGGGGGACGCAGCUGCCCGCCUGGAAGAGGAAGCGGGGCCAGCCGCCGUCGCAGCAGCAACAACCUCCGAUGGUUCUUCUGAAGAGGCGGCUGCAGAAGCAGCGCCUACGCGUGGACUAGUGAGCGUGGAUGGGCCGAGUGCCGACCUGGUCAGUCUCUUUCGAAUAAGGGAACAAAUAAAACAACAUCUAAUUGAAUACAAUACUACAAUUAAUGCAAGUGAAGAAAGCAUUCCAGAUCAAGUUAUAGAUGAAAAAGUAUUUGAAAGUUCCAUUGAAGAUUUGGAAAGAGAAAUGGAAGAGGUGAAGGUUUCGUACCAAAACAAAGCAUUAGCAUUACAGAGGAUCCAAGUUACUGAAGCCCUCAGAACCAAACUGAGGAAUUACGAUGCUGACUCUAAGUUCAUCUGGGAUACCAUGAAGCACAUCAUGUUGCUGAGUACUGCAGUACUUAAAUCCAAGCAGAACUCUCGUGAGCUGGAAGAAAAACUGAAUGAGGUUAAGCAGAACAGACUAGCACUAAAGAGAGCAGGAGAAUGCAAACUGGCCCAAAUACAUGAAACAAAGAGAAAACAAAAAGAGGAAUUAGAAAAUAUGGAAGUGGGAGAAACAUUAACGAAGGCUUAUAAAAAUCUGCAACAGGAAAUUAAGAUGACUACACUGAUUCAAAAUAUUUUUCAGAAUCUUAUUACUGGAAGUGGAGUCAAUUGGGCAGAGGACCCAGAUUUGAAGGCAAUUGUUUUGCAGCUGGAAAAGAACGUGGCUGGACUCUGAAGCAGCAGCACUACCAAUACUGCAUUUUGUAUAUUCUCUGUAUUGGCAAUCUGAUAGUUAAAACAAGUCAUAAGUUCUUAAACAGACAUUUGCGUAAGGGCAUUUUGUACUGAUGUAUACUUCAAGAUUCCAAAAAGAACUUACUGCUGUAAUGUGUACUUUAAUUUUAGCUGGCUAGAUUUGUGGCCUCCUAAGUUGUGUAAAUAAUUGCAAAUGUCCAUGGGGAGUUAGGAAUAUUGUGAUUCUAGACUUAUUUUCAUCGCUUCUGCUUUUCUAACUGCUGGAAAGAAAGCUACUGUCUUUUUAUUGGGACAAAAUUAGAACAAUGCUCUAGCUGGAUUUUGUCCUCAUUUCCUGCCAGAAAGGCUAAGUUUCACAGAGGCGAGUUCUGGUGGUGGCUGUUCCGGCAAUUUGGGCUUCACUAUCAGUCCUUAUUCAUGAACACAUUUUAUGCAAAAUAUAUUUCAAACUAGCAGCAUAAGAACCAUUUUAGCAUUUUGAUAAAAGUUUAAAGUCAUUCUAAAUUCAGUAGCUUUAGAAAUCCAGGUUCAGUGAUACUGGAUUUUCAUUUCAAAACUCUGUGCAGCAAAGAGAGGUCUGGCACAACAGCAUGUUUGCUUACUCUAGGUUAGAUUUCUAUUCUUCUGUAUAUUCUUUUGUGUGUAGGUGUAGGUGAAAAAAUGAAUUUAGCAGCAGGGUGUAGCUUUUUAAUGAUGGUGGGGUGAUUCACAUGCUGGGUACUCUAAAUAAAAACCUUUUUAGUAUUA